AUCGGUCAACGCGGAUUUAAGCUUUCGAUUGCAUUUCCGGAACAUCCGAAUUCGAGAAUUCUGGCUAACAAUCCGAGAUCGACGCCGAUGGCGAGACCCACGACGUCGCCGGCCGGCACUGCCACCGGAACCCUAACCCUAACCAUUACCGACCCCUCGUCCUCUUCCUCUUCUUCCUCGCAGCAGCCUCCGGCGCAGCGAGAGGAAACCCUAGUUCUUCGUUUGAGGCGGCCGAAGAAGAAGGUCUCGUGGAAGGAGGGCACUGUGGAUAAUGAGUUUCUACAGAAGAAAAGCUCGAAGAAGUGCUGUAUUUUUCACAAGCAGAAGUCAUUUGAUGAGGAUGAUAGUGAUGAGGAGGACAAUGGGGGUCAUGGAUCGAAUGGCGGCGGGGAUAAGGGGUCGGUGGAUGGGGCUGGACCGAGUUCGUGCUGUUCUCAUGGGGCGAGGGAUCAUUAGCGAUGAGGACACCUUGGUUUCGAUUCUUGCAGAGAAUUGUUGACAUUGUUGUUACAGAAUUUAAAAUGGAACUCUACCGACAGAAGUAUUCUCCAGUUGUCAUGUCAAUGCAUUGUCUCUUUUAAAUGACAAUACUUAUUUGUGUGUUUUCUUUUCUUCCAAAGUUUGAAAUGUAUUUGUCUGCAUGUGGUCUCAAUCUACCUUAUCUGGCUUGAUUACUGAGCUUUAAAUUCUUUUUUACUUUUCUAGAUGUUAAAUGCUGUCCGGUCAUGAGGAAUGUAAGAAGAUUCACAUGUUAGCUUGAAAUCUGUAUGUUAUCAACUCUUGUACAAUUUUUAUACCCUGUGUGAUGAUAUCUCUAUUAAGACUUC